AUGAACAUUUGGCGUAUAAUCAUCUUUAUUUUGUAUGCAGUAGUGGCCUGCUUCUACAAAGUAUUCUAUCCCAAUCAUUUGCGUCGAUCGAUAGAGAAAACUGAUGAUUUACUUUGGAACACCACAACAAUCGUUUUACCAUAUCGACCACCAACAACAAUGCCACAAAUUAGUUUAGUUUGGUUGGAAAAAUUUGGUCUAAUCAAGCGAACAUCCACAUCAACAGUGAGAACACAUGUGUAUAAACAACGUUUUUAA